AUGCCUUCCCGACAGUCGACCGUGCCGAAUCUCGACUUAGGCUCGUUGAAAGCCGACACAAACAACGGCAAACUUUCGUCGCCCAUAACACCUGGUGCGCAGAGUUCCGACCUGCCUAGCCCCUUAACACCAUGUUCGCCCAAGUCCGCGUCCAGCUCCCCGUUGUUCAAGGGCGCCACUAUCCGUCCUGUCACCCAAGAGAGCAGUAAGGUGAACAGCCCGACAAUUCCAACCUCGCCUGGGUCUGUGGCAGCCGAGCCCCCAACCCCUGGUCUGACGGCCAUCCCUCAACAGUUUCCUUCACCCAAGGACUCGUCAAAACACAGUCGCGAUGCUUCAAAAUCAUUCUUCGGCACGCUGAAGGCCCCCAAGACAGAUCAGAUGGUUCAGAUCACUCGACCGAGCCCCCCCAAGAGUCGUGGAGGUUCUCGGGAUCGCAAAUCGCAGAUGCCACCCAAACUAUACGAGUCGAGCCCCGACCUGCCAACUGUAAUUGCCCAGGCAGGGGAGAAUGAGAAGAAUGAACACCAUACGAGUGAAAAGAGUACGCAACAAAGCGGCCACAAGAAGGCAGGGCCCGAUCCGGAGCAGGCAGCCUCGAAAAAGAAUAAACCGAGAUUCGGCAACCUCCUGAGCCGCUCUCGGUCGAUUCGUGUCGAUGAAUCUUCCGGGAAUCGGGCCGCCGGUCGACGACCCUCGAUUGGUCUAGCGAAAUUGGAGGAAUUCAGCCAGAAGGAUACGGCUACUGCCCCGCGUGCUGCAACAGUGCGCCCUGAACGACCCCAGCAAGGUAGUUUGCAACCUCCUCCUAGCCGCGGAGGAGAUGGUCAUUCCUUACGAAAGGAGAGAAGCCACGGAGGAUCAAUGGUCACAUCAGGCUCGCUGAGCCAAGUUUCCGGUGCAUCGGCCGCAAUUUUCAACAACCUCAAGCAGUCGUCGUCUGGUGCAGCGGAUCGUCUAGGCAAAGCUGGAAAGGGAUUCUUCGGCAAGAUUACUCGGAGCGGAAGCACGAACGAGCGCGAGCUAAUCAAUGACGACAACUACGUCUGCUCUGUGAUCAACCUCCCUCUGAUACAGCAAGCGAGGAAGACUCGCAUCUGUAAGAAGCUGGAAGCCUGCCGGGACAAAACCGAGUUCUGGAUGCCUGCGCUUCCAUACCGUUCUAUCGAUUAUCUCAACUUCAAGGGCUGCGAAGAAGAAGGUUUAUACCGGGUACCAGGAAGUGGCCGAGAAGUCAAGCACUGGCAAAGGCGCUUCGAUACAGAGCUUGAUAUCGAUCUUUUCGAUGUUCCGGAUCUAUAUGAUAUCAACACGAUUGGGUCCUUAUUCAAAGCUUGGCUCCGUGAAUUGCCCGACGAGCUGUUCCCGAAAGCGACCCAAGAUAUGAUCGCCGAGAAGUGCGAGGGCGCUACAACGGCUCCGCAAUUGCUGAAGGACGAACUCUCCAAAUUGCCACCAUAUAACUACUACCUUCUCUUCGCCAUCACCUGCCAUCUCAACCUUCUCCACUCAUACGUGGAUCAAAAUAAAAUGGACUAUCGCAACCUGUGCAUUUGCUUCCAACCCUGCAUGAAGAUCGACGCAUUCUGCUUCCAAUUCUUGGUCUGCGACUGGAAGAAUUGCUGGCAGGGCUGCUGGACCGAGAAGGAGUAUGUGCAGAAGGAAAUGGAAAUGGACGAGGCGGAACAGAAGGUCGCGGCGGAGAAGAAUACCGCCAGUCGCAGCAGGCCCGAUCUUCCCCAGUCUUCUUCCAGUCACGAACGCGCCGUUUCUUCCAGUUCCAGCUCACAGGCCGAGGAGGAACGGCCUCGACCAAAGACUCGGGGUGAGGCUCGACCAAAGACUCGGGGUGAGGCUCGGCCAAAGACUCGGGGUGAGGCUCGGCCUGAAACUCGGAGUGAGUCUCGACCUGACACUCUGGGCGAGCCUCGAACACGAAAGGCGAAGCCUCAGAACAUCGAGACCGCACAUACACGAAGCAUCUCCCAGCUCCCGGAACUCGGACCUCCCCUUUCUCCCAUCAAAAUCUAA